CUCAUUCCUAACUGUCUCCAACAACAUGGUAAAUCUUAACACAUUACCAAGGAUCUGUGUAGUUGUGGUAUUUGGGUACUCUGCCACUGUCACAUCUACUGAGGUAGCCCAGGAGAAACCUAGGAAGGAAUCAUUGGACAGUGGAUUCUUUCAUAAGAAUGAUAAACCGUCCACUGAACUUCCAGAGGUAGAGGAGUCACCCAUGUGCUCUGUUGAAUGGUAUCUCUUACCCAAGCCGGAAAACAGAGUAUGUCUUCUUGAGAAGUUGCCAUUUGAUGUGGCCAAAGACGUUCCUUGGGACUGUGAUGAACCCAUAGAGCCCUCUCUGGAAAAACGUAUUAGGAAGUUCUUCUCAUUGAGAGGUUUGAUAUUCACAAGUAUGAGUUCAUAUCCUGGACUUGAUGAAAUCAAUAACGUUGGCCAAACCACGCAGGGAUCAUUGGAUGGCAGUUUCUCAAGCAAGGAAGACGAACCUUCCUCUAAAUCUCAAGAGGUACCGGAACCAGAGAAUAUGGACAGUCAAGAAGAGACUGAUACGGCAGGUCCACCUAAAUUUUCUGUUGAGUGGUAUUUGUUACCCAAGCCGGAAAACAGAAAACAUCUUCGUAACGAGUUGCCAUUUGACCUAGCAGUUGCUCUGCCAGAGGACUGUAAUGAACCAAUAUUGCCUGUAGUAGAGAAACGCAUUAGGAAGUUUUUUUCAUUGAGUGGGAAAAAUCAGAGACUAUUGCGUGUACAUUCAUAUUGUUGGAUUGGUUGAUGACUACGAUUUCAA